UCACACAGUCCAGAGAUUACAAGUGACGUGUAGCGUACAAUCAGACGGUCCUCACAAGCACUUUAUUUUGAACCAGGGACUUUUAAACUAGGCACCGAUUUCGUGUAGCGGGCUACACGUUUUCUCCUGCCGGGUAAAAACAGUUUAUUGAAUUGAACAAUAAUACUUUAAAAUGGAAGAUGUAUUAUUUGACUUGGAUCAAGAUGGCACUACAGACUUUGAUUUCUGGGGCCAAAUGGACCUUAACUUCCAGUUCCAGGCCCAGUUGGACAGUCUACUCGUUGACUGCACCACGGUCACCGGCCAGCUUUCGCCAUGGUCCUCGUUCGGCGGCCAGUCCAUGUUCCCGGACGCGCAGCUGACCUUCACAGACCUGGACUCGCAGUCUCCCGGCCUUGGCGCUGGUGCUGAAGUGGACAGCUCCUCGGCGGACGAGCCCCACGAGAUGAGCAAGCGCAGGCCGCUGCGGUUUGUGCCCCAUCACCCGUACAAGAUCCAGCGACACGCCGCUAAUAUCCGGGAGAGGAAGAGGAUGCUGAGUAUCAAUUCGGCGUUCGAAGAGCUGCGGUGCCACGUGCCCACCUUUCCUUACGAAAAGCGCCUGUCCAAGAUUGAUACCCUGAGACUCGCCAUUGCCUACAUUGCCCUCUUGAGAGAAAUAUUGAUAUCCGGCUGCGACCCCAAGUCAUAUUUGGAUGAAUGCAUGAAGAAUGGUUACAAGAAUCAAACCAAUGCAAUAUGGAACACAAGUGAUCUGACAGCCCGGCUCUCCUGGAUAAAGUGGGAUUAACUCAGGAUGGAGCGACCCAAGUACGUGUGGGGGGGGGGGGGGGGGGGGGGGGGGCAGGGAUUUACACCCUCUUCUCUGUCCGUGUCAAUGGCAGCAUCACAUCAGGGGCUGAGUGACAUCUGCAGACUUCUCACCAGGUCGUGCACCUCUCUCUGCAGCCAUCCGCGCCCCUCACAGCUUUUAAUAUUUGAAUGUGUUGUGGAUUGGUAAUUGAGUGUCAGUGUUUCUCUGGAGUUGCCCGUUGUUUUACAGUGAAUGGGGGACCGGGGGCAGACUCAAGCCCAUGGGGAUGGUGCUUGUCACAGGGGAGCGAAGCAGGCUGGCAUGGGACUGAAUUAACCUUGGUAAAAAAACAAAAAAAAGAAUUGUAUGGAGUAUGAUACUGAAGUGUUCAUUUGAAACCUUUUGCUGUUGUUCAUUAGACACUGUUACAAGGGACUUGAUAAUGUAAAUUAGACUGUGUGACACCCACAUUUCAGUAAGUUAAUUUAUCCCAAUGAAUUAAUCAUUGUAUUUAUUUUAAUUCAUGUAUUUAUUCGUCAAUUUGUUUAUUUAUUUAUUAUUUUGUAUUGAUAAUUUUGGUUCUUUUGUAUUAUUUUGAUGUAUUAACAUUCCUUUUUUAUUAAUGAUUUAUUCAACUUUUUACAUUUAUGAUUGCUAGUUGUUUAUAUUUAAUCAAUUAUGUAUUGUCAUCAAAUGGACCAUUUUGAUGUUCAUACGACUUAUUAUGAAGAUACCUGUAUAUUGUUUUUCUAGUGCUGGUGAGUAUUGAGGAAAAUCUGUAAAGCUGGGUUGGACUGGGGAAUGGAUUUGUGCUUGAUGGCAAAUCAGGGAAUUCCUAACACAAUGAAAUUAGGCAGUAUGUUUUCCAGAUUAUUCCCCCCAUGCUGACUGUAUUCCUCUAUGUUGGUUAGGAGUUUGAAACGAAGAUGGAAUGAAUCCAACCAACCUGUGUGGAUUUGUAAUGGUUCCCGAAGCCCUGUUGGUGACAUUGAAUCUGCAGCUGUGGUGUCCAGGCCCACUGUAGAGACCUUUAGCUUUCCCCCUGCACACACACAGCAGCAUUUGGUUUAGCCAUUUCCCUUAUGGUUAAAAUACGUACUCAGGUGACUCCACAUUCUGUUCCCACUUAGCUGGCUCUAUUCACUGGGAUCAGCUUAGCAAGGUCUCACUGACACUGUCACUGUAAAUUACUCCCAAUGUCAUCAUGUUAUCCAUGGAUGUCAAUGUAGUGUCUGUCUACUCAUACUACGUAUGGUUUAGUCAGAGACGUAGUAAACGGAGACAGAAGGCGUAUACCCAGUGCACACACUCCCUCUGUUCUCCUGCACGUGUACUUUUAGUGCUGCUAAUGACCCUCACUGGAAACAUUUUACGCAGGAACACACAGCAAUAUGGGAAGUCCAUUUGGGUGGGGGAUACUUAAGGGGGGAUGGCGGUGAGGUAUCUCAGAGGACCCUAAAAUUGGAGUAUGGGAGUGUCACCCCUCAUACAGGUGUGUGUGUGUGUUUGUGUGUCACCUGUGGAUCCAUUCCCACCACCUCCUUCAGGGUUACACCCUUUCUUUAACCACCACCUUACACCACUCCCCUCCAUGCCUCCCCCCUCUACCCCCCACCCCAUGUUACAUAGACAGGGCAGGUGUUGUCUUUACUCCCCCUUUGCUCUGUAGCCUACUGUACACCUGUUUUACUUGACUGUGGAUGUAAGUAAGUGCUUUACACUAUGGACUGUGAAAUAAAUAACUUUGUUAGUUUCUAUGGUUGUUUACUCAACUUAUAUUGAGGAUCAUUCAUCACAACAUCAACAGCCAUUCAUCUAAUGUCGCAAUUCAUGUAAUGUACUUGAUUAAACAAGUAAUGUGCUUGAUUAUCUACUGAUCUUGGAGGUAGCCUAUAAUGAAUUACUUUCUGACACCUUUGACUGUAAUGCUCGUUGACCACUACCUCCCUCUAUUGGAAACUAUUGGAUAGGCAUUGAGUGGUGAGGACUGGGGAGCAACCGAACAUGGAACAAUCUUUCAAUUACAGGACAGUCACACUUUUAUCGAUUACGGUAGGAAAAAUAUGUAGAAAUUCAGAAAAUGUAAAUCACACACACAAUCGAGCCUUUUCCUGCGGUCUUUAAAAAAAUGGAUGUUUUAUUUGCCCAUCUUUGGGUAACAACUUUAUUUUUCAUUUUUGUUUGUACAGGUAUUUUGUUACAUAUACAAUUUACAUACAUGGUUGGCCUACUUUUAUACACAGUAUUGCAUAGCAUAUAGUUUUUUGAGAUACACAUUACAUAAUAGUGUAGAAGGCCUACUCCAGCCUUUUACUCUGAAGACUAGGCUAGAAAAUAGGUCUACUUACUCAUGAUCUCGGUCAUUAAAUGUAAGGGGAAAUCGGCUAAUUGUGAUUAUUGGACAAAGAGAAAUGAUAACUUGAUGGACAUUCAAAUUCUAACCUAUCAGUGUUUUCUGUACUGAACUUAAAAAAUAAAGUGAUCAUAAACCUCUAAGGGCUCUGUUCAAUCUGUAUCCCUGAAGUGUUACAGAUAGCGAGCUGCAAAUGUAAAGGUAAUUUCCUAUUAAGGCCUACAGCUGCAGCGUUAACCUUGAAUGCAAUCUCUGCGAAGGCGGGGAACAUUGCCUUUAAUUUUCAAUCACGCUGUAACGCUGUAAUUUCCACGAUACGGAUCGAAUAGAGCCCUAAGUUACUAGCUAUGACCCUGACCCCAACAGCACGCCUAGCCUAGAAUGCCUUUCAUAUGAGACAAGUGAGCAAAGAGAUGGGAAAUUCCGAGGUCCACUGCAAACAUGUCCAGUCGAGCCUUGUUCACAAUCCCCAUAAGCACUCCGUUACGGAUGUCCACAACAGAGUGGAAUCAC